GGCUGUAAUUCCCACAAAAACAUCUCCACAAACACCAGGAAAGGGAUAAGUCUAUUAUUGAAUUAAUGAUUAACUGAUAAGACCAAUUUAUUUGUCACUGAUUGUCAGACACCACAAACCCUAUGUGUUUGUUCUGAGGGGUGGCCCCAGGUAUGCCUUCUAAUUGGGUCUGAGUAAAACACAAGGACACAGGGACAAGGAGAGAAACUAUACAAAAUAUAGAGUAUACGUAUAUGAACUAUAUAUAUAUAUAAAUAUAUAAAUGAGACAGCUAAGCCAAAUUAAGUGAAAUACAGUAGGUUUGAUUGUAGACUUCAAACCUAAACUACAUAAAACCUUACCAUGAUAGUAUAUGAAGCCCUGAUGUAAGUGCAUAUGCAAUUUGUUUUCACAUCUCUGGUGUCAUUACUAAUAUAGCCACAGCCUGAUUUAGUCCGUCCCAAGCACUGCUUAGAUUAACUUUUGGUGUGUGUGUGUGUGUUAGGAUAGGUAUCGAGGACAUGGGGCCUAAGGGCCACAAUUGUUUGUAGCUUAUAGAUGAUGGAGUGCUAAUUGGAGAAGCUUCUCCAUGAUGCAUGGCCUCAGCACAUCCCGAGCACAAAGCCAGCUUGUGCUGUCUGUCCUGUGUGAAGCACAUCCUCUAUCUAAUCAGACAGAGAUAAGACCCCUUUGAGGCGAAGAACCAGGUACACUGCACCUCUCCUCUUCUGAGGAUAUCUUACCAGGACUUUGAUCGGUGUGUGUGUGUAGCUAUCACAAGAAAACCUCUGUGCCCAGGACACACACCUGUAGAGGAAGCUGAAGAGGACAAGUGGACACGCAGACUCCUUUACCUGCAUCAGACACCUGUCUCCUACAUCAAGCUCAACAGACUGGAUUGUGGAUUCACUACUCAACGGAUCAAGUUAUCAAUAACUCUGAAAUUUCAAAAUAUUGAUCACUCACUGCUGGAUGUCCAUUGUGACAUUUUCUAUUGGAUAAAGAGUCGUCACCUUCCCAGGGAAUCCCAGCAGUGGACAACACCGGUUGGCCUCUCACUGAAGCAAGGAACGGAUCAGGGACUGAGUCUAACGCUGGACAUUUACACACAAACGAAACACACACACACACACACACACACACACACACACACACACACGGUAUGGAAAUGCCCCAGGAGGACGUGGAGAGUGCGCCCAGGCGGCGGGUGGGCUACACCAUGCAGCGGAACGUGCUGGAUGAGCAGAGUGUGGAUGACAUAGCCGAAAAAUCAGACACCAAAAACACACUGGUAGAAAAACUCAAAGACUCAGUGAGGUGUUCUGGUCCCCGUCUGAAGAGCUGCUUCUUCUCAUGUGUUCCUGUCCUGUCAUGGCUGCCUCGUUACUCCUUCAGAGAUAAUGCCAUUGGAGACCUCAUCUCAGGCCUCAGCGUGGGCAUCAUGCAUCUGCCCCAGGGCAUGGCCUACGCCCUACUGGCUGCCGUGCCUCCAGUGUUUGGCCUCUACUCCUCUUUCUAUCCCAUCCUCCUCUACUUCAUCUUUGGGACAUCCAAACACAUUUCAGUGGGUACAUAUGCAGUGAUGAGUGUGAUGAUUGGCAGCACCACAGAGCGCUUGGCUCCAGACUCUGACUUCACGUUGUGGGAUAAUGUUUCCAAUAGCAGCAUAGUAGACAUCUUCUCCAGGGACGCAGAGAGGGUAAAGGUCGCUGCCGCAGUGACCUUCAUGUCAGGCACAUUCCAGCUUCUGCUAGGCCUGGUGCAGUUUGGCUUUGUGGUGACGUACUUGUCAGAGCCCCUGGUGAGGGGUUACACCACAGGUGCUGCCAUCCACGUCAUUGUCUCCCAGCUCAAAUACACCUUUGGUAUCAGCCCUCAGCGCUACAGCGGCCCUUUCUCUCUGAUAUACACGGUGUUAGAGGUGUGCUCCUUGUUGCCAGAAACUAAUAUCGGCACUCUGGUGGUGAGUAUUGUGGCCAUCGUGGGACUCAUCAUCGCCAAAGAGCUCAGUGCGCUCGUGGCCCGCAAGCUACCUGUCCCGAUUCCAGUGGAGCUCAUUGCUGUCAUUCUCGCAACGGUAAUCUCCUGGCAAUUUGACCUGGCUCUCAACUAUCAAGUUGAAGUGGUGGGAGAGAUUCCGUCAGGACUCCAGCUCCCAGUUUUUCCAAAAACCUCUCUGUUUAGUGCAGUGAUUGGUGAUGCAUUUGCUUUGGCAGUGGUUGGUUAUGGCAUUGCCAUCUCCCUUGGGCGGACAUUUGCCCUUAAGUAUGGAUACAAGGUGGACAGCAACCAGGAGCUGAUAGCACUGGGACUCAGUAAUGCAGUUGGGGGGGUGUUCCAGUGCUUUGCCAUCAGCUGCUCCAUGUCCCGCACUAUGGUGCAGGUCAGCACCGGAGGAAAGACGCAGGUGGCUGGGGCCCUCUCAGCUGCAGUCAUCUUAGUCAUCCUGCUAUGGAUCGGGAUGCUAUUUGAACAGCUUCCAAAGGCUGUUCUGGCAGCCAUCAUUUAUGUCAACCUGCAUGGAAUGAUGAAGCAAUUUGGUGACAUCAAAACCCUGUGGAACAGCAACAGGGUCGACAUGCUAGUGUGGGUGAUGACCCUUAUCCUGACUGUAUUGUUUAACCCUGACCUGGGUCUGGCUGCCUCCAUUGCCUUCUCCAUGCUCACUGUCAUCUUCAGAACACAGCUGCCUAAGUACUCCCUGCUCGGACAGGUUCCUGGAACAGAUAUUUACAGACCCAUAGAGGACUAUAAUCAGGUGAAAGAGAUCCCAGAGCUGAUGAUCUUCCGCUCCUCUGCGACUCUAUAUUUUGCCAACGCUGAAAUGUACUCAGAUGCCCUGGCUGAGAAGAGUGGGGUGGACAUCGCUAAAGUGCUGUCACACAGAAAGAAGCUUGAGGCUAAGAGAAAGAGAAAAGAGAAGAAGGAGGCCAAAAAGGCUAAGAAGCUGGCUAAGACAGAAAUGACUCAAAUGGGAGAAGAGUCUGAUGACUCGGUGAAGGAGCAGGUGGUGUUUACCAUUGAGGCGGACACAAAGCCAGGCCCCGCCCUCCCUCGUGCCAUCAUCCUUGAGUUGAGUGCGUGUAACUUCCUGGAUACAGUGGGAGUCAAGACCCUCAGCAAUAUUCGUAAGGACUAUGGUGAGGUGGGAGUGAUGGUGCUGCUGGCUGGUUGUCAGAGUUGUGUGGUGGAGAGUCUGGAGAAGGGAGGCUUCUUCAGUGAAAAAGUGACCAAAGCAACCCUUUUCACCUCUGUGCAUGAUGCAGUACUGUACUGCAAGGCAGAGGGACAGGACGAGGAAAUGAAAGGAACACCGCUUUGAAUUCUGCAUAUUUGUGGAUGGAAACACACACAGACACACACACACACACACACACACACAC